AUGGCUGAAAACGACUUGGACAUUCUUAAGAGUUCGCUUCUCCAGGCCGUUCCCGCUGUGCUGGUGGUAGUGAGCGGCGGGGACGCGAGGGAACAGCGGUUAACGCAAUGCAGCGCUGCUCUAGCCGAUCUGCUCGGACUGCCGCAAUGCGACCUGGCGGAAAAGCGCGUGCAGUCGCUACUUCACCCCUCCGACAGAGCCGCCCUGGAGGCCGCUGUGGGGGAGUGCGCAGCAGACACCAGCAGGCGGAAGCGGCAGGUGUGGGUGCGGCUAUCAGUGCGAGCGCAGGGCGAGGAGGGGAAGGGUGGCGAGAGGGGCGAGGGGGAGACAUUGGGAGAAGGUAAGAGUGGCGCAGAGCCGGGAGAGGAGAAGAGGGAGGGCGAGGGUGGGGGAAAAGGAGGGGAGGAGGCGAGUCGGAGGGGCAGCAGCAGCAGCAGCAGCAGCUGCAGCAACAGUAACGAGUGGCGGUGGUUUGAAGUGUCCGUUCCCUCCCCUUAUCCCUCCGUUCCUCCCUCGCUCACUCCCUUUCUCCCUCCGUCCCUCCCUUGCUCCCUCCGUUCCUCCCUCGCUCACUCCCUUUCUCCCUCCGUCCCUCCCUUGCUCCCUCCCCUUUUCCCUCCCUCUCUCCCUCGCUCCCUUCCUCCCUUUAUCCCUCCCUCCCUUCCUCGCUCCCUCCCUUUAUCCCUCCCUCCCCCCCUCGCUCCCUCCCUUUAUCCCUCCCUCCUUCCCUCGCUCCCUCCCUUUAUCCCUCCCUCCCUCUCUCAAUCCCUCCCCUUAUCCCGCCCUCCCUCUCUCGCUCCCUCUCUUUCUCCCUCCCUCCAUCCCUCCCCCCCUCCCCCGCCCCCUCCCUUUCUCCCCCCCUCCCUCCCUCCCUCCCUCCCUUUAUCCCUCCCUCCCUUUAUCGCUCCCUCUCUUCUUGGCUCCCUCCCUUUAUCCCUCGCUCCCUUUCUACCUCCCUCCCUCCCUCCCUCCCUCCUCGGAACAAGUGUUGAUGCUGCAGCAGCUGAGGGAGUGUGCGCAGCUCGCCACGCCAUCGCACCCCACACCGCUUCAACCACCCCCCGUGGUGCUCCUGGUGAUGGCGUUGGUGCUGGUGCUGGUGGUGCUGGUGCUGGUGGUGCUGAUGGUGCUGGUGCUGCUGGUGGUGGUGCUGCUGGUGGUGGUGUUGAAAGUGGGGGGGAGGGGCGGGUGUGUAUGUGGAAGGAGGCGGAGUGGCUCAUAGAGCAAGUGAGGGAGGCGUUGCUGCUGGGCCACGAGAAUGCCAAGUUCCGAGCCAUCUUUGACCUGUCCAUUGACCCCAUCCAGGUGUUCACAAUCCCGGACUUCACCCUCCGGGACUGCAACGACGCCACCGUGCAAAUCAUCGGUUACCCCUCCAAAGCGGCCGCACUGGCCAACCUCAGCAUCGUCAAGCAGUCCCCCGAGUUCCAGCCAAACGGGCGGCAAAGUUUGGAGUAUUUCCUGGAGAUUCUGGACGGGAUUAUGAGAGAGGGCGGCCUGCCGCCCUUUGAGUGGGACAUGUUUUCGUUGGAUGGCCGCCCAUGCACGGUUCUUGUCAAGGGCAAGGUGGUGACGGUGAACGGAAUCUCAUACUACGUAUCGGUGUGGCACGACAUAACGGAGAUGAAGCGCAAGGAGGAGGAGCUGAAGGCGGCCAAGGAGGCGGCGGAGGCGGGCAACGAGGCGAAGAACCGGUUCCUGGCGAACAUGAGCCAUGAGCUGCGCACCCCCAUGAAUGGCGUCAUCGGUGUCGCCGAGCUGCUCCUCCGCACCCCCCUCACCCCGCAGCAGCGCUCCUACGUCGACGUCAUCUCCUCCUCCGGGAACGCGCUCAUCCAUAUCAUCUCAGAUGUGCUUGACAUCUCGAGGAUUGAGACGAAAUCCUUGGUUCUGGAUCACUCUCCGUUCAACCUGCACGACACUGUGAACGAGGCCGUGGAGGCCGUGAGGAUCGCAGCCGAAAGCAAGAAACUUAAGUUGCAGAGCAGCAUGGGCGGGGGUGUGCCGGAGUGGGUGGAGGGCGACCAGCUGCGGGUUCGGCAGAUUCUGCUCAAUCUGCUCUCCAACGCCAUCAAGUUCACCGACCACGGCCGCGUCCUCCUCUCCGCCGCCCUCUCCCCCAACCCCUUUGAGUCUGACGCCGGUGGGGAAGUUCGUCACGUAGUGGCUUCGCCAGGUGCGGAUGAGGAGAUGGUGGCAGGAGAGGCAUGGAGGCUUGCAGCCGGACAGGUGGAAGGGGGCAUGGAGAGCGGAUUGUGUGCUAGAGAGCAGGAGAGGGAGGAGGAUCAGCCAAGGCAGGGAGCAAAGCAGAAGUUGAGGGAGGAUCUGGAUCGAAUAAUGAACGAGCCGUGGAUGCUCACUCCCGCCACUGCCUCUCUUGCUGCUGCUCGGGCCGGCCUCGCUGCUGCCUCUCUCUCCUGCCCCUCCAGAGCGUCGGACUCGCCAGCUGUAACGCCAGCUGUAGCUGCUGCAGGUGCUGGCACGGCUGCUUCAGAGCCGGCUGUAGCGGGAGCAGGGGACGCCAUGGAUGUAGCAGCUGCGCCAGCCGAUGCGGUGACAGCAGGUCAGGCCAUGGAUGUAGCAGAGAGCCCAGGCUUGGCAGCAGCAGCAGCAGCAGCCGCAGCAGCAGCAGCCCCAACAGCACUGGAGCAUCCCACGUCAGACGCUGCAGCAGCUGCAGCAGGCGAAGGGGGGGACAGUAUGGUGCGUUCCGACGACGCAGCGAUUGCUGUUGUUGCCAGCUGUGCUGCCUCUGAUGCCGCAGCCGAUGCUGCUGCUGUCUCCAACCCCUCCUUCCACUCCCAUAUCCCUACCCUAGCCAAUCCGCCUUUCAAACCCGAAGGAACAACAGCAGAGCGGAAGGGGCGAGCGGCAGAAAGCAACAGGGAAGGGCGGAACAGCAGCGGCGAGAAAGGCAGUAGGAGAAACGGUAGAGGCGUGGAGGAGGAGGCGAAGAAGGGGCGGGUGCGGGUGUGGGUGAGAGUAGACGUGAAGGACACAGGCAUGGGCCUAUCAGCAGACGCCAUGACGCGGCUCUUCUCCCCCUUCUGGCAGGUGGACGACUCGUCGUGCCGCAAGCACGGCGGCACGGGCCUGGGUCUCUCCAUCUGUCGCUCGCUCGCCGCGCUCAUGGGCGGCUGCAUCUCCGUCGCCUCCUCCCCCCGCCACGGCUCCACCUUCUCCCUCUCCCUCCCCUUCUCUCCCUCCUCUGCUCCCCAUCCUGCUCGGGAUUUCCAGCAGCAGCGGGAGGAGGGUGUGCGGAGUGGUUUGGAGCGGUUGGGGAUUUGCAACCAAGGCGUGGCGAGUAGUUUAGCGCGUGAGAUGCACGGGGUAAUGGGAGGAGGUGCUGAGAGGAGUGGAGUGCGAGGAUUGGGUUUUGCGGUGGAAACGCGUGGAGAGGGAGUUGUGGGGACAAAGGAGAGAUUAGCAGGGAGGGAAGGGACCAAUCUGCAGGUGCAGCAGCAUCCACAGCAUCAGCAGGUUUUGCCACCGGGCACUGAGGCUGCAGGAGGGUUGGCAGAUGAAGAGAGAGUAGAGCAGGAUAGCUCGGAAGGGCUGAGGAAGCGAAAGCGAGGCUCUUGUGGAAACGAAGAAGAGAAGGAAGAGGAGGAGGCAGAGGAAGAGGAAGGCGAGGAGGAAGAGGAGAGAAGCAUGGAGGAGUUAGGAGAGCGGGAGUUGGAUGACAGUAAGAGAAAAGCGGAGCAGCAGCACAAGGAGGAGGAGGGGUUACACGCUGAAAAGAGGCCUUCUGCUGCUCCCAAACGAGCAGGCAUGUCCCUGACCAGGCCGCUCUUUCCCAAAUACAACAGCAGCACGACUGCUGGUAGUGACACCGGCGGCAUCAGCGGCAGCAGGGGCGGCAGCAGGAGCGGCAGCAGCGGUGACGGGAGCGGCAGUGGGAGCAGGAGUGGUGCUGCUGGUGCUGAUGGUGGUGCCACGGCUGCUGCUGCUGGCAGUGGCAGCAGGGAGGGAGGGCCAUUCGCAGGGCUGCGGUGCCUGGUGGUGGAGGACAACGCGGUGAAUCGCAUGGUGGUGGUGCAGCUGCUGAGGAACCUGCGAGUCUCGUGUGACGUGGCAGAGAAUGGGCACAAGGCCGUGGAGGCCUGCCGCUCCACCAACUACCACGUCAUCUUCAUGGACUGCCACAUGCCAGUCAUGGACGGCUUUGAAGCCACCACGCGCAUCCGCCAGCUUCAGUCCAGCGCCCACAUCGCCCCUAUGCCAGGCUCCAAUGCAGCUCACAACUCUCGUAGUAGAUUACACGCAGAGCAGGGAGAGGGGCAGCAGAAGGAGCAGCGAGAGGAGCAGCGAGAGGAGCAGCGAGAGGAGCAGCGAGAGGAGGAUGAGAGGGCUGAUCAGGGAAGGGUGGCUCAGCAGCGCACUAAUGUCCCUCCCUUCCCAGAGGAGGAAGAGAGAAGGGCGGGGCACAACAGUGUGGUGCAGCGAUCGACCAUCUAUGCUGUCACUGCGAGCACGAUGAAGCACGAGAGGGACAAGUGUGCGCAUGCAGGCAUGGACGGGUUUCUGGCCAAGCCCAUCCGCCUGAGGGAUCUCGAGCAGGUGCUCUCCCAGAUUGUUGCACGGGAUCGGGUGUAG